CGUGUUCUUCCCUCAAUGGCGCCCAAGCGGGUGAAAAAAACGGUGAUCAAGCACAAAACGAAUUUCUGCAUUGCGUGCAACGUUUCUCACGCUUCGCCAACGUGGUAUGGGAAAAGCGGCAGCAAAGUAUGUAAAGCGGAAUAUGAAAAACAACGUAGGCUUGUACAGAGCUACGAGUUGAAAAAAACCGGCGGUGAAUGUGAGUGGUUCAAGCAGUUGGCGGGCAAAACUUCUGCCCCAGAUUGAAGAUAAAGACAAGACGACAUACCCCAUAGCGAGCUUAGAUUCCAGGCCAGAUUGGAAAGCCCUCCAACUGGCUUUGCACGCCCUUCCCAGUAUUCCGUCGUACUUACCAUGGUACUACGGGGCGUGGUGCGUAUUCUUGUACUGGUCCUGGCCAUGCAUAUCUUUUAUAUCGACCGCAAUGACGCAGAGAGAUAUCAAGAGUUGCUUCGAUUCUACAGUAUCUAUGUUUCAGCAAUAUCGCAUCGUGAAUGGCGAGUUGACGCCGCAUCGCGCCGGCUCCACGGCUAAAGGCCCGCGGGCCGUGGGGCGCGACAUGGGCCGAGGCAAUUCAACUCCACGUGGUCGAGAGUUAUGCCUUGAAGCCGACGCGUGGAAAGCCAUUUGCAAAAAACUCUGUGGGUUGCCGUCGCCUUUUUCUGUGAAAGCGGGGAUGGAUAUCAUGCGCGAGGGGGGCCUGCAUUCCAUGCGCGGCGACAACGACGCAUACGGAUGCCUAGGCGUCCUGCGAUUAUUGGCGUCGGUCUUGCACGAGAAUAACUUUGCUGAUUCGGGACCGGAUUGGGAUGAGUUGCGUGCAGUGAGCAAAGGCGUGCAGGAGAAAUUGAAAUCGCUCCAACUGUGGGAGCACAAAGAUGCCGUGUCUGCGCGCAACUCAUUGCGCAUUGUGCUCCGUAACCGCAGGUACUCAUUAUCGGACUUGGUGUGCUUCGUGUGCCUCAGCAAGUGAUGUGCCUCCUAGGGAACGCCGCAUACGCGCGCACAAAAAAGUACCACGCAGCUCGUUGUAGCUUUUCUGUUGUGGGAUGCCUCGGGGUUCUGGG